AUGUCUGUGCUUGAGAUCCGAGGAGGAAUAUUGAGUAAUAACUCAUCAAACCUUCAAGAUGUCAAUCUCGCUUCAUUUGGUCCGACGUCAGUCACCAGUUUUGAUUUCACGCCCCUUUUCGAAGACUCAAUCCUUUCUUUACUGCCGUCUGCUUUGCUCCUAAUUUGCCUUCCAUAUCGCAUCAUCGCUCUACACCGCCAACGUUCAAAAGUAUCAGCCGGGGGACUCUUGUAUGAAAGCAAGCUCGCAAUUUUAGGAGUCUUCGCCGCAAUCAAUCUUACAUUACUAGUUCUCCAUAUUCUGAGUUCCUCGCUAAGGACCACGUUCACUAUCGCUGCAUCUGCAUUGUCUUUCAUAAGUGGCCUCGGCCUUUGUCUACUAUCCCAUCUCGAGCACGCACGCUCUGUCCGUCCAUCCCCAAUCAUCAAUGGAUACAUCCUCUUAACUUUGCUAUUCGACAUAGUGCGUUCACGCACACUUUUUCUUCAUGGAGAAAGCAAAGCGAUCGCAGCCUGCUUUGCAGGAAUGAUUGGCGUCAAAGUAAUGGUAUUGCUUGCUGAGGCCGCCGAGAAGCGGAGCCUUUUGUUAAUGCCAUACCGUGAUCUCUCGCCCGAAGAAACAAGUGGGAUAUAUUCUCGAUCUUUCUUCUUUUGGUUGAAUCAGCUUAUGACCUCCGGUUUUAGCCGGGUUCUUCGCAAUCAAGAUUUGUACCCUAUCGAUAGUGACAUGAGAUCAGAAGUUCUGCAACGCCAAAUGAAAGAUUCCUGGAAGAAAGCAUCACAAGGCAAAUCUAGAGCGCUAUUCUGGGCCCUCAUGCGUGCGAACCUGAAAGGACUUUUCUAUUGUGUCGUACCACGCCUUUGCCAGAUUGCCUUUCGGUACACCCAGCCAUUUCUGUUAACUCGCACAAUUGAUUUUGCAAGUGAUACAUCUCAGCCAGAUAGUGUUGGCUGGGGCUUGACGGGUGCUUUCUUCAUUACCCUCCUAGGGGUCGCUAUCUCCAAUGGCAUGUACUACCAUAUGGCCUACCGCCUAGUGACUAGCGCUCGUGGGUGUUUGGUUAGCAUCAUAUUCGCAAAGACUUUGGAUCUCAGUGUCACAGCUCUCGACGAGUCUGUCGCCGUUACCCUCAUGUCAACCGAUGUGCAAUCUAUCUGUGACGGCCUAACAACUAUCAAUGACUUCUGGGCCGUUCCAAUCGAACUCGGCAUUGCCAUCUAUUUGCUGGCUCGCCAACUUGGAGUUGCGUGUGUAGCCUCGGCUGCUAUCGCUUGCUUUUCUACGGCCAGCAUCAUGUCAAUUGCAAAGGUUAUGGAGCGAGCCCAACAGAUUUGGAUGAGGAGCAUUCAGACGCGCGUUGACUCAACUGCGACUAUGCUUGGAUCAAUGAAGUCAGUCAAAAUGCUAGGCUUUACGGACUGGUUAGCAGGUAUUAUUCAAGGUCUGAGAGUUGCGGAGCUUGAAGAGUCGAAGCUAUUUCGCAGGCUCCUGAUGCUUCGAGUAUUUCUUGCAAAUCUCUUGCAAUGUUUUGGUCCUUUUUUGACUCUUCUUAUCUACACUGUCUACCCAUCAAAUGGAGAGUCUCUUUUGACUGCAGAUAUUGCGUAUACAACACUCUCACUUAUAGCACUUCUUGCCAGUCCUAUCAACACCCUUAUAAGAGCAUUCCCGCUCAUGAAUGCCGCACUUGCAUCUCUAAGUCGUGUGCAGAGCUUUUUAGAGUCGGAACCUCGUCGUGAUCACCGGAUUUUCUUAGAUGAAAGAAAUACCAAAGGAAGUGAGCACAACGUUUCCAACUCGGAGGGCAUUGAACUUGCCGAUCGCAAGCCUCCUGCCUCUAAUUCCAAUACAUUCACCGACAUGAUUGUCGCUCGAGAUGCCAGCUUUUCAUGGAGUCAAGAAUCAACUUUCUGCGUUCAUGAUAUCAACCUCAGUGUCAAGAAAGGUCAGUUCUGCAUUGUAAUUGGACCCACUGGCUGCGGCAAAAGCACUUUACUCAAGGGUAUUCUUGGAGAGACACCGUCUACAAAGGGUUUCCUUUACGCAUCGGAAAGGGACACAGCUUUUGUUGAUCAAACUCCUUGGGUCCGCAACACUUCAUUUAAAGAGAAUGUACUGGGCACAUCAGUUUACAAUGAGGAUUGGUACAAUGAUGUUGUGCAGGCUUGCGCAUUGGAUCAAGACAUCCAUCUUCUUCCCAACGGUCACUCCACCAAAGUGGGUUCAUCAGGAAUAUCUCUUUCCGGUGGCCAAAAACAACGAUUAGCUCUGGCUCGUGCCGUGUAUUCCCAAAGGCAAGUCGUUGUGCUAGAUGAUGUCUUCUCCGGGUUGGAUGCCGACACUGAAGAGCGCAUCUUUAACAAGUUGUUAUCAAAACAAGGACUAUUCAGAAAGAUGGGAACAACAGUUUUACUGGCAACCCAUGCAGUCCAUAGACUCGCAUACGCAGACCUGGUUAUUGCUAUGGAUACCCACGGCACAAUCUCUGAGCAAGGAAGCCUAGCCGACUUAGAGAAGAAUGGAGGCUAUGUUGCGCUUCUGAAGGCCCGGUAUCGAGCUGAUUCUAGCGAUGAUGAUGAGAAUCCCCAGGAGCCAAGUUCUGUGCGCUUAGCGACUGCCGGACUCGAAGAUAAUACGGAAAUCGAAGUUGUUGCAGAGGAAUUAACUCGACAAAAUGGAGACUUUGCCCUUUACUCCUAUUAUAUUCGCUCGGUGCAUUGGGCAUCCACGGCAUUUUGGAUGUUCUGUUUUAUUUUCUGCGGAGUUGCGAUUAAAAUGGGUGAAUUUUUGAUUAGCUUCUGGACGGAUUCGGUCAGUGGACAUGGCAGAAGUUCCGAUUCAUUCUAUCUGGGUCUCUACGGCAUGCUAGCGACAAUAUCGACAAUCGGUCUUAUUGCUGGUGGGUAUCAUCAUAUCAUUUACUUCGCCUCGAUGAGUGCUCAGAGCCUUCAUGGGCGACUUGUACAUUCUGUCAUGAACGCACCCCUUUCAUUCUUUACUUCGACCGAUAUUGGAACUACCAUAAACAGAUUCAGUCAAGACAUGACAUUAAUCGACCACGACUUACCUUAUGCGAUGAUUGACUUUAUGCUAUCACUUUCCACGGCUGCGAUGUCCAUGGUCCUCAUGUGUAUCUCGGCCUCUUACUUUGCGGCUGUCAUCCCGGCGGUGUUCCUUUUCAUGUGGAUACUACAGAAAUUCUAUCUCCGAACAUCGCGACAAAUGCGAUUCUUAGAUCUGGAAGCCAAGUCGCCUCUCUUUUCGUUGUUUAUCGAGAGUCUAUCCGGACUUGUGACAAUACGUGCCUUUGGAUGGACCUCCGAUUUCGAAACGCGAAACUUGGCCCUUCUUGAUGCCUCGCAAAAGCCAUUCUAUCUCAUGUUCUGCAUUCAGAGGUGGCUCGAACUUGCACUGGAUCUCUCCGUGGCCAUACUUGGUACGAUUCUAAUGAUUUUAGUAGUCAAACUACGGGAUAGCCUUGGCGCCGGAUUUGUGGGCUUAGCCAUACUCAACGUCAUCACAUUCAGUCAGUCCUUAUCAUCAAUAAUGCGCAACUGGGCCGAGCUUGAAACAUCUAUCGGUGCCGUUUCUCGAAUCCGUGACUUCACCAAAAAUACAGUCAAUGAAAACAAGCCAGAAGAGAACCACUUUCCGAGUUUCUCCAGUUCCGACUCGUCAGCCUGGCCUUGGAAAGGCACUAUUGAAUUCCGCAACGUCGAUGCCUCAUAUAAUGCAGGAGAUCAAAAAUUUGUUCUUCGCAACCUAAGCAUGUCCAUCCAAGGAGGCGAGAAAAUUGGCAUCUGUGGCCGAAGCGGUAGCGGGAAGAGCUCGCUGCUAGCAAGCCUAUUUCGCAUGCUAGAAGUAGAGCCACACAGUCAAAUUCUGAUCGACGGCGUAGAUAUCACCCGCAUCCCACGACAGACCACUCGCGCCGCUCUGAACGCGAUACCACAGGAAUCAUUUUUCACACAUGGCUCCGUACGCGCCAACAUGGAUCCCUAUCAAAUCAAAAGCUCAGAGGAAAUUGAAGCAGCUUUGCGUCGCGUGGAGCUAUGGGAUUUAAUCCAGCUAAAAGGCGGACUAGACGCGCAGUUGGAGAGUAAUUUCUUUUCGCAUGGUCAACGACAGCUUUUCUGCCUUGCUAGGGCGUUAGUUCGCGGAGGGAAGGUGGUUGUUCUUGAUGAAGCAACGAGUAAUGUUGAUGUUGUUUCAGACGCGCUUAUGCAGCGGAUCAUUCGCAAGCAAUUUGCCGAUUGCACGAUUUUGGCUGUUGCUCAUCGUCUGGAGACAAUCAUUGAUUUUGAUCGGAUUGCUGUCAUCAAGGACGGAAGGUUAGUUGAGUUUGACACACCUCAGGCGCUUCUUGGAAGAGAUAGUGCGUUUAAGGAGCUUUAUGAAUCUUGA